AUGAUUGACAUAGUAAUUUGGGGUUCCUUUGUGCUAGCUAAAGUUUGCGAGACACAAAAGCUUCAUCUUAAGUACAGCUUCAAUGAUGAUAUACCAACAAGCCACUCUUAUUCGCUUCCAGGUCUCGUGAAGCAAGGACUGAAGUGCCAGAGAUGUAGAAUGAACGUGCACAAAAAAUGCAAACGAAACGUGGCGUUCUGUGUCGAGUCGCCGAAAGAGUCUGAUCACUCGAAGAAAGUUUCUUCACCUGUUAUAGGGGAUGAUUCGCUACAUGAUGGUGAGAGUGUGUAUGAGGAGAUAGAGCCUGAAGAUCUGGAGCGAAUCAGAAGAGCAUCACGAAUCUCAAAUCAAAGUCAAACGACUUCUUCAGCAGAUGAUGAUUAUGAGCUGCCGCAAGAUGCUGCAAAUCACGCAAACCAGAGACCAUUAUCAACUGUUGUGUUAGCCAAGAGUUCCCCCAAAUCUUUGCCCAAACAGAAUCUUCCUCUGUGCGUGGCUUUGUUUGAUUUCCAAGGCCAAGAGACUCAAGAUCUUUCAAUGAAAUCAGGAGAGAAAAUUCAAAUAAUCGAUCAGUCCGGUGAAGAAUGGUGGGAGGGUAUAUGCAACGGAAACAGGGGAUAUUUUCCUUCCUCGUAUGUCGAAAAAAUUGAUGAAAAGGACGUCAUUGUGAGAAUACUGUAUGCUUUUGAUGGCGAAGAAGACAGCGAUGAAAUCUCACUUGAGCAAGGCCAAAUUGUGGUUGUCGUUGAAGAUGAAGGAAAUGGCUGGACUGUGGGAAGAUCAAAUGGUAAACGAGGUGCAUUCCCUUCAAGCUAUGCUAAAAGACUUUGA